GUUUUAAGAUUACAACAAUCUAAUUAAGAUUAGGCGCUCGAACUUGAAACAAUGCGCGUCACCGCUAAGCUUAGCCCCGCCACUGCCGCCGCCGCUGGCGCUGGGUUACGCUGGAGCAGCGUUGUGGCUUUCAAACGGCGGCGGCCACUCAGUUGUUAUCGCUGGAAUCAGUUGUCGAAGCGAACUCAAAGUGUGAGCAGCUCGUUAGCAAUGCAUGCAUUGGAAUUACCCGUAAGGCAGAAUAUUGGCACACACGCGUCCGAUGUGCCGCUGGAGACGUGUUUCCACUAUACGCCCAGUCAGCUGCAGAGCUGUCCGCAGGUUGAGAGCAUUGCACAGCUGGUGGCGAAUAAGACCAAGAGCAAAAAGUUCUUCUUUGGCAUUGAGAUAACAGCUGAUAAUCAUGGCAAGCCAACCUGCGUGGACUUCAAUCAGUUUCUGCCGGUCAUGCCGACGUUCAUCAGCAUCGUUUGGCUGGCAAGCUAUUGGAAUGUGCCCAUAGCGAAGGUGCAAUCGCUGCAGAUGAUUCAACAGCUGCAGCAGCAUAUACCAGCCAUGCCGCACUUUAGUGUCUAUCGGCUGACGCAGCAGCGGCUCGAUGAGUUCCUGGCACUGAACCUAAGCAAUAUGCUGGCCGUGCGCGGCGACAAAGUGCACGAGGAUCAGAUGUAUCACUUUGGCCACGAGCUGGUCAAAUAUGCGCGUGACAAGCGUCCAGACUUGUCCAUUGGCGUUGCUGGCUAUCCCAUGGGCUAUACCAAAGAUCAAACGGAGACACAGGAAAUGGACAGAAUCAUUUGCUACCUCAAAGCCAAGGUCGAUGCCGGCGCUGAUUUUAUUAUCACACAAUUUUGCUAUUCACCCGAGCGUAUCGUUGAGUUUCUAUGCGCAGCGCGUCGGGCAGGCGUCGAUAAGCCCAUUAUGGUGGGCGUGGUUGUGCCGGAGUCGUUUAAGCUGUAUGCGCUAAUGGAAACGAUAGCCAACAUUAGUUUGCCGGAGCAGCAGCGCGCUGAGCUGGAGCUGAUCAAGCAGGACGAUGAAAAGUGUCGCCAGUUCUUUGUGCAGCUGGCGCUGCGCACUAUCAAAGCGGUGCUGGAGGCGGAUCAGGGCGUCUAUGGCAUACAGUUCUAUACGAUGAACAGAUUCAAGAGCGUGCUGGAGGUGAUUGGCGAGCUGCGCAAGCAAGGAGUGCUGGAGACGCCGCAGCAGGACGAUAAGUUUUAAACUAAAACGAAAAUUGUAAAUAAAUGACAAAAAUUUGUUAAAAUAUACCUACCAAA